GACGGUCCCAAGUGGGAUUUUGGAACCGGAAUCAAGAGUCCCGCAGCUGGGGGUGACUUUUCGGGCUAUCUUGGGGCGGCAAAACAACUUCCUCCCCUUGACUCUGCAUUAUCUCUCUUUCUCUUCCUUUGUUUUUGCCCCGGCUGGUCCCCGUUGCCGCCCCCCAUGCUACUUUUUUUUUUCUGUGUGCCCAGCUAACACGCAGGGUCCCCAACUAUGACCUUUUGGCGUACAUUAGGCGCCCUGGCUUGUGUCCGUUUUUGCGUCUCCUGCAGGUUGCUAGCAAAUCGACUUGACACACCCCCUGCGGGAAACGAAACGGUGAGAUGGGGGCUGGGCUCUGGGCUGGGCUCUGCUGGGCUGUGUGGUCCUGGGGAAACGGGCACGAGUCGGUUUUCUAUUUUGGCUUACGGGAACGUCCGUCUCCUCCUCUGCAGAGACGGGAUGAACUGGACUGGACUUGGGAUGAGGGAGCCAAUACCUGUCUGUAUACGGGGAUGCUGGAAAUGGUUACUCGUACCACGAGGCAAAACGGGGGCCCUGAGAGAGAGAAAAAAGAGACGAGGACGACUGCUCUUUGGUGGCUAUGAAUUAGGCGAUGGCGGAUAUCCGUCCCGUUCUAGGUCUAGCCCAUGGGGUGGACGCUUGUGAAUACGAGAAAUGGGUGGCAGGGGGGCCAAGAAGAGGAGGGACCCAAACAGGUCUAUUUAUGUACGAAUGUACAAAAGUAUGCAUGGGGUGGUUCAUCUCUGAUUGAGUUGUUUUUUUGUAGCAUUUCUCUGUUUGGCUGGGGACGGGUGAAUGGUCUUUGUCAGGUUGCCGAGUUAGGUAGCCUGCCCUCCCAAUAUUCGACGAUGUUGUUUCUAUGCGGCAUGAUAUGAGUGGAUGGGGGAAGAGACAUAGAGAGACUAUUGGAAUAGAACGACCAUUUUUCUCGUGUUUAUAAUUAGACUGUUUGGGGAAAGCGUGAAAGAUGUGGUGAUGGUAACGAGACUGGCGUCUAUUUUUCUUUAUUUUGGGAGCGUGAGAACACGAGAUAGUGAGCCAAAUACGAGGUUUUUGCGUGUUUUUUAC